AUGGCAACUAGCAAUGGUUCAGGCUCUGGCUUUAACUCUGUCAUGGCAUUUAUUCCGGACUAUGCGUCUGAUGCACAGAAGCUUUAUUCAGCAGCAAAGGCCGGUAUGAGUUCAUCGUCUCAUGGCUCUUCUGCGCUUAGCCGAUUGCUGCUGGCACAGGCCCUUCGUGGAAGUAAGCUGACAGAUAAAGAGAAGACUGCUAUUGCUAAAAAUAUGUCUAUUCAGGGAAUAGCGCAAGAUAUUCAGGCAAUGCCCGAAUAUAAACAAAUGAUGGAAAUUGCCGGUAAUUCGCAAUAUCCUAUUGAGUAUAGAAUAAGAGCAUUUGAUAAAUUUAAGAACGACCUUGAUAUUAAACUCACGGAAGAAUACAAAGCAAAGUAUCCGAAUAUAGACGUUGAGGAUGUUACGUCUGAAAUACUCGGUUCAUUUGUUACGGAGCUGAAUAGAGAGAAAACUGCUGUUAUAAAUGACAAGACGGUUAGUAACGCAGCGUCGCGAGCGAUUGGUGAUAUUUUAUCCGGUAUGAAAUCAGGCGGUCGGAGUCUGUGGCAUAACUGGGUUACUAAUGAUAGUGAUGCCUUGAUGGCGAUUGAGAAAGAGAAGGCUAUUGAGCAAGCACGGAGAAUGGAAGAACGCCCCUAUGAGCUCGACCAGCUCAAGCGGAUGCAAAUGCUUAAUGAGGGAAUGCUCGACCGCACGUCCGGUGAAACGGGAUCGGCUAUCUAUAAUGCUGUCAACUCCGGUAUGGUAGCACUCCCCCCGAUUGCGGCUUCGCUUGGUGCGUCUGCGGUUACCGGUGGAGCAGCAAUUCCGGGUAUCAUUGCUGGCGCAGUUACCGGCGGACUUGAAAUGGGUCUUCCGGCUGUAUCCAAUCUCAAUUCAGCAAUUUAUAAUGACCCCAAUUUAACGGACGCACAGAAGGCUGAACGGUUAAAUGAAAACAUUCCGGCCGGGCUUGUACUCGCAGGUAACACUGCGGCCGGUGCAUUUAUGCCUACAAGAAUUGUGGGACAGGGUCUCGGAAGGCUUGCGCUUGGAGCAGGGUUUAAGCCCACAAGUAAAUUCGCUGGUGCAUUAUUAGGCCAGAGUGCAGAAAGAAGUAUCCCGGCAUUUGCAGCCGACUAUGUAAACAACGUCGUUACUAAUGGUGCAUUGAUGACCGGAACUACUUUGCUCAACAAUGCUACUGCAAAUGUAAUGACUGACCGUCCGUGGCAUGAGAAUAUUGGUAAUGGCGUGGAAGAAGCAUGGGGUACUGCGGCUUUAAUGGGUGGUCCUUUUGCUGCUAUGCACACGCUUGGCAGACCUAAACCACAGAAUGCACAAAAUACUGGUGGCCAAGGUAAUGGUGGUCCGGGUACCGGUGGUCAAAGCUCCGGCGGUCAGCAAUCGUGGGCGCAAUAUGUUGCACCCGGACAUGCUAAACCGAAACUGAACCAUGUUACCAAUGACUUUAAUGGGUUCUUAUUAACGCCCGAUAACAAUGGCAGCUAUGUACUCGAAAGGAAGACACCGGACGGACACGUCGAACAGAUACGGCUUGUUGAGAAGCCCGGUAGUAAUAAGCCCUAUGUUGUUGAGCAACGUUUUGUUGACGGCGCAUUGGAUGGGUGGAGACUCGUUGAUGGUACUAUGUCAGAUAUUCUUUCCGACAUGGGCUUCCAUCAGCAGAUGAGUUCGCAAAAUAUUGUUAACCAGCCAGACCCGAAUAGUUUAUCAGGCGGGGCAGGUAACUCAUCUGUUGUCGGGACAGGGGGCUCCAAGAUUAACUAUGUGCAGCCACCUACUACUCCGACUCUAAAUGACAUUCCAAAGAGUGACUUACAGAAUUGGAUUAGCACCAAUGUUGGUACCGUAGUAGCGGUACAUCCGCAGAACCCGAAAGUCUUUGCAGUAAAUCCUGCUACUGGCGGGGACCCAAUCUUUGUCAGCAUUGCCAGAAGCGACAAGAAGAGCCCGUGGACAUUAUACAAAUUAGACGACCCCAAUAACCCCACACAAGCCGAAGCUAUUCUGACGGGCAUUGGUAACUCCGGUGAAUUUUCUAUUAUCAAUAGGGCACUCGGUGGUAACCGUAAGGAAAUUAGGGGGAAGGAUAAGUGGGAUAGCGUUGUUAAUCCGGGGCAGCCCCAAUCACAGCCCCAAUCACAGCCUCAAUCCCAACAGCCAAAACCCGCAAUAGCUGAAAUACCCCAGCCCGAAGGGUCAGUAGCCCGAUUACUUGUGGACGGCAGUAUUGAGAUAGUGUAUCCGAAUGGAGCAUCACUGUCCUAUGGUGGUCGCCACGACAUUGGGUCGUUCAAUGCUUUGUUCGGUUCACACUUGAAUAACAAACAAAAUGCACAGGGAACAAGUAAUUUGCAAGGAAGCUUCUAUGACUUUUUCCGUGGAUACCAAUGGGUAGAUAAGUACACUAUGUUGGACUCCAAUGGAAACCAGAUUCGGUUCUUCGCAGACCGUAAUAGUGGUGAAGUCAUAAUGGAGUUUACAGACGAUACGGGACGUGUAUCAAGACUUGGUACCGGUACAACCGACCUAGACGCAUAUGUAAACGACCUAGCGUCGCAGUUGCAUAGUUUCUUCGGUACACAAGCCCCACAAGAAAACCAAACAACCCCCAUCGUUCAGCAGACCGCGGAACAAACAACUCCACCGGUUCGUCAACUCACGUUUGACGAGUCCUCUCCUGUCCCGACUGCCGUGGAUGCCAAUAAACUUACACGAGUACUCUGCGUUGAUACCACUGCUUUGAGAAUGGCUAUAAAUUCUGAUGGGCAAGAGUUCGGAAUAGGUGUUAUUAGCCACGAGGGCUCUUACAAUUUAUAUAAGCUGGAUAAUGCUGAUAAUCCUACAACUGCGACAUUGUUAUUGAAGGGCGGGUCUAAAGACGGUGAUAGGCUUAUCCGUUCGGCCGUCAGUAAAAGUAUGUCUGACUAUAACAAUCCAAAAAGUAAGCAUAGGUUUUGGUAUGACCAAUGGAAGACCCCGUCAGGGCAAACCAAGAACACGGAACAACCGGCUGCUACCGGUAGAGGAAAUCCGAGAGAUGGGUCGCUUGCACAGCGUCUUCCCAAGGACCAAACAUUAGUUGAAGACCCAAGUAAAUACACACGUGUACCCGGAACGGACGACUAUACCUUUGGUACAGAGACUGUUCGUAUAAGCUCUGAACUUGUGCGAGAAGACCCGUCGUUACCUGUGCUUACAAAUCAAGUCACGGCAACCCUUUUCAGAGAUGGAAAAGAGGUUGCACGGCAAAGGAUAGACCGAAAUGGAACAAGCACUCAAAGAAAUAAUCCGGGCGAUAAUUCAGUGGAAGCCAAUACCGGUAGAAGCCCAGAGACAGAUACCCCCAAGAACCCUGAAAGUACUGCUGGAGAUAGUCCAGUUGAUGAAAGCCAACGGAAUGGCGGGGCCACACUUUCGGGCUUCGGACAGAAUGAAAGCCCUCAAGUAUUUCCUACAGCAACGGGGGAUAUUACCGCAGUCACAGGGGAACUUAACAGACAAGGUGGUGAACAACCUCCCCGAACCGAUGAAAACGCAAGUCCUGUCACAAGAGAGCCAGCUAGUGAAACAGGCAGAGAACCAAGCGACAUUGGGAAUGACACAAAUGGCGGCGAAGUCACGGGGGAAACUGGGAAUGUAACAACGCCUGAUGUGUUUGAUUCUUUCGCCGAUGUUCAGCGUGUAGAACUAAAGGGCGGCGGGUUCAGCCAAGUAAAGGCGAUUGCCGUUGACGCUGAAGGUAACAGAACAACACUUAACAUAAGAAAGACCAAGGGUACGCAAUUCGGAAUAUUCCAGACGGGGAAGAAGGAACCGCUUGCGGAAUUUGCAAGUAAAGACGAGGCAAUGGAGGCACUGGAAAAGGCCGCAACAUUAAAAAAAUCCCAGCGUGAGGCUAACGCAGGGUCAGAAAUAACCGGAACCACAGGACAAGAAGAAGUAGUUGAAGACAGUAAUUCCUCAUACCGUCGUGUACUCGACCCGAAACGGAACAGCGACCCCUAUUCAGACUCUGAACAGACAGACGUUGAGUUACGGUAUCGUAGUGAGCUCGACGCAAUCGAUAAAAUUUUAGACGAUAACAAUGGCGACAUUGUAACUCGUGAGGGACCCCGAGGCUAA